AUGUCUAAAUCAAGAAAGACUUGGAACAAAAGAAAAAGAGCCCUUUGGAUUCUUACCACUGUGGCUAUAGGUAUCCUCCUAUUUUGGAAACUGUUUAAUAAUUCAAAAGGUAGCGAUUUACAGGCUCUACUACAAAACUUGCCAAAGGAGAUCAGCCAAAGCAUAAACAACGCAUAUUCAAACCAACAAAGUGACGAAGACAUCAUAAGAAGAUUCGAAGAACUAUCCGAACUGCUUAAGACAAAACAGGAGGACCAAACCAAACAAUUCGAAAGGCAACGUCGUAUCCUAGAAAAGAAAAUCAAAGAACUGAAAAAAUUACCAAGUGAUGCCACUUUACGUGAAAAACUGGUGUAUUCCUUUGAAUACGACAGCUUAAGAAAGUUUCCUGCAUUCAUCUGGCAGACCUACGAUAAACCUGUAAUUAAUAGGAGAACUGUUCAAGAUGAUCUUGCAGAUUCUGAUUCCGACAGUAAUAAUAACAGCAAUAACCAAGGUAUAAGUGAAGAACUGGCCUCCAACAAGGCCAACUGGGAUGAAAAGAACCCUGGCUUCGUUCAUGAAAUCUUUAAUGAAGACAUCAUAUAUGCAAUGGUCCGUCAUUACUAUGCAUCUGUCCCAGAAGUCAUUGAGGCUUACAACGCACUACCAACAAAGAUUCUGAAAAUCGAUUUCUUUAAAUACCUGAUUCUAUUGGCACGUGGUGGUCUAUAUGCAGAUAUGGAUACUGUUCCAUUGCAACCCAUCCCCAAUUGGAUUCCAGGUGAUGUUGAUCCACGCAAGAUCGGUCUUAUUAUUGGGAUUGAACACGAUGCACAAGACAAUUCCUGGAAGAAUGAUUAUGUGAGAAGGCUACAGUUUGGUACUUGGAUCAUCCAAGCUAAACCUGGACAUCCUGCCAUUAGAGAAAUUGUGGCACAGAUCACAGAGACAACAUUGAAGCGUAAAAGAGAUAAUGAACUGAAUCUAAAUUUCAGAAACGACUUGAAUAUAAUGUCCUGGACUGGGUCGGGUGUCUGGACCGACAUACUUUUCACUUAUUUUAACGAUUACUUGAGGAGUGGGAUUGCACGGAAAGUGACAUGGAAAGAGUUCCAUAAUUUAAAAACACCAAAGGUUUUAAGUGACGUGUUAAUUUUCCCGGAAUUCACAUUCAAUGCUCCAAACACUAUCACAAAUGAUGAUCCACAUAAAAUACUGUAUUUCACUACUCAUGAUAAUGCCAAAUUUUGGAAGAUUGUAUCAAAGGUUGGCGAUGUAAAAGAUGCAUAA